CACGCCUCCAUUCCAAGAGGCUGCACAGAGUUGGGAAUCCGCAAUGCUGGAGAGCGAGCCAAAGAUGUUUGGUAAUUUCAUCGAUGUCCAAGGAUACCACAAGGCGGAACUAUGCAGGUCGACCACCCGGGUUCCCCAGCACGAUCGUCCCGGUCGAGUAAGCAACGAAGCCCCUAAGCAAUAUCCAUCGGACAAUGGAAAUGGUUCAGUGAUCCCCGCAGUUCCCUGGAAUUCUCGAGCUGCCAGUGCGGUCUGAUUGACAUAGCGGUCUGAUCGACAAUGUCAAGUUCCGGAAUCGCUGAAAAUCGUCGAGCGGGUCGGACACACCCGUUCCUCGGCAGACAUCGAAAUACAUCUUUCGGGAUCAUCCUCGUCGUCGUAAGACGCCCACAAGACGACGCGGUUGCAGAGAUAGCACUCACGGGAGCUUCGCCGUGUGUGUGUGGGGGGGGGGGCAAACAAGGUCAAAGCCGACCAGGUUCGGUAGCUCGGUACCGCUAGACCUCGAAGAUGGGUCAUCGCAAAGCGAUAGAUAUAAUACCCGACGAUCUCGUGGUCAUGAACAGACGAGUUAUAACCAGAUAUCAUAGCUUUGUCUCUCGAUGUGGCUUGCUGAACCGCGUCCCCAUAGCGAACACACACCCAUCCUCCCGCGUUCCUGUACACACCCGCAAGCGCCGAAACUUAAUCCCGCAAGUGUUCCUGGUGGGGUUGAAAGUCUAGAUACAAGUAUCCGAGCAUUCCCAGCUUUGCGAAUAGCGUCUCAGCGCCCGCUUGAUUCGGCAAGAGCACCUAAACUACCUCCGCGCCACACGGCUAUAGGGACGGGAGUCGAGGAAUGAGGCGCACGGGCAACGGAUUUUAACGAACGGACAUAUUCUUGUCUUCAAUGCAAGGCCCCGAAGUUGAC